CCGGAUUGCGGAACAAGUGGAUUGAUGCGACAACAUAUCUCACAAAUCAUCUCGUGUGAUACUAAGAAAUGUCCGCCUGGAAUUGUUUGUAUUGACUGAAAGUGUCAAUGUCGUAGAAGAUGUCCCCCGAACGAACAUUGCCCCAAUGGGAUAUGCGAAUGUCUACCAGGACAUUACAGAAAAAAGGGGGUUUGCGUGCCAUAUAAAACCUGCCCAAUAUAUUGCCCGCCUAACAGUAUCUGUGAAAACGGAAGAUGUGUAUGUGAAAAGGGGUAUGAGUGGAAAGGAAGCAAAUGUGUCAAAAAAUGUAGAAAGCAAAUAUGUGGUGAUCACGGAGAAUGCAGGAAUGGAAAAUGCGUUUGUUUUAAAGGAUAUGAACUUGAAUAAGAGCGGAAAAUGUGUCGAUAUAUGCCGUCGAAUGCUUUGUAGACCAAACGAAAUCUGCCACGCUGGAGAAUGCCAUCAUAAAACCUGCCCAAUAUAUUGCCCGCCUAACAGUAUCUGUAAAAACGGAAGAUGUGUGUGUGAAAAGGGGUAUGAGUGGAAAGGAAGCAAAUGUGUCGAAAAAUGUAGAAAGCAAAUAUGUCGGUGA